UUCACUUCAUUUGUUUAUAUUUCGCACUUUUGCAGAUGCCGUGAAAAACAAUUAAUUUUUUUGUUGAAAAUUUACAUAAAUUCCAUAAAAUAUGACAAUAUUAUAUAAAGUUCAGAAUCCUGGAGGCAAUAAAGAUGGCUAUUUGUUACCCAACAGUGUUUUGUGCAAAAUAUCGUGUAAAAAUCUUGUGGCAUUUUGUGUCCACCAAGGAUUACAAAGCAAUAUUUAUGUCUGCGACAUAGUGACACCAUGGCAAAGUUUUAAGCUGAAUACUUCUAAAAAUAUUGUUACCGUAUUGGAGUGGAAUCAAACUGGUGAGUUGUUGAUGGCUGGCUAUAAGAAUGGCUAUUGUGAGGUGUGGUCGUCCAAUCAACAUGCCAUCAACAGUUGGAUUUUAGUGUACAAGGCCAACUUGCCAAGUGAAGAGAUAUUGAGUGCAAAAUUUUUCCACAACGGUAAGAGAGUGUACUUCAAUACACACAAAAAGGACUUACAGGCAUAUUCGGAUAAAUUUGAAAGAAUGGAUUUUAGACCUUCCAUGACACAUUUUGGAAAUACCCCAGUGGAGGGAGUGUUUGUUUUGACUUCGUCUGGUUUAUUGGGAGCAUUUGUUAUACCAAAAUUAUUACCGCCAGUAGAGAAUUUGACAAAUGGAAAUUAUGUGCCAACCGAGUUGAAUGUUUUUACACAUUCUAUUGGCUUAUCAAGAAGUUUCAUAACACAUAGCUGUGUGACUUGGUGUCCCACCGGUUACUUUAGCGUGGCAGUCAACAGUUGGAAUGAACCUUUGAUAAAUUGCUAUAAAGUUCAUAUCGAAAGAGAUGUAGAGGAGUCGGUGUCCAUCAAAUGCAAUUCGGUGGCUAGCAUUUUCUUGCCCAAAGGAGAUGUGGAGGGCAAACAAGUUUCCCACAUACGCUGGCGUACCAUAAAUGGUGAAGAGAUACUCUUUGUUGUCUAUGACUGUGUAGAAGGCAGUUUCAUAGAGCAGUGGAUUCUAACAAAGAAACACCAGGCCGUGCACAAGUUAUUGCAAAAGAAUAAAAGCGAUUUCGUCCAGUGGGAGCAAUGGGAAAACUCUGCUAAACUGGCCUUAUCGUCCAGAGUGUGUGAUGUUUGCAUUACCAAACUGCCUUCAGAAGCCAUGUUAAUAUUUGCUACGCUACGAGACAACUCGGUGCAAGUUUUGGAGAUGGGUUUGAAAAAAAUUGGUUCCACAGUGUUUGAACGUAUGGCUGAGGAACAGCACAGAAUGCCUUGCAAACUUUUAACAUCAGAUGUCACUUAUCUGAACCAAUUGUUGGUUUUGUUCGAUAACUUUGGUCAAAUGUAUGCCAUGCAAGUGCCCACAAAUCAUUAUGAUAAAAAUUAUAAAAUGAAUCCUCUCUCGCUACCGGUAGCUUUGCUUGAAUACAGCAUAGUUACCGGCAUAGAUGCUAGUGAUGUGAUUAUGCUAAAUCUACCCAAUUUAGAAAUGAUGGCUGAGAAACUUACGGAGAAUUUUACGCGGCAACACAACUUCACCAGACAGUUUUAUUACUCUAAUUUUCUCUCUUUGAAAAGCAAUCUCUGCCGUAUACAAUCCAAACAACAGGAUUUCGAUAAUCUAAUUACUCUGCACUCCAUCUCCAUAGCAUUUAAAGCUUUACUGCGCCCUUCCGAUCUUAGUUCUCAGGAUAAGGGACCGGCUGAAAAUUUGUCACUGAUUAUAUCUGAUCAGAAUCCCCAAUACAAUGAUGUGGAUAAGGUUCUAUGUGUUUUGGAUGCUAAAGACUAUACAGUAGAGCCGGCCACCUUACAAAGCCUACAGCAACUAAUACAAUGGGUAGCCGACCUGGGUUUGAAUAUACUCAACAAACUUCCAGAGGAAAUAAUGAAAACUAAGUUCAAUAAGAAACAUGGUUACGACAUAAGUAGAGAUAUGAUAGCCAUUAGUAGUAUACGUGAACUUCUGGUAAUGAUACGCAUUUGGGGUUUAUUAAAUCCCCAAUGUCUGCCCAUUUACACAAAAUCCAUAGAUAACUUUGAUGUUCUACCCGUGCUCUUUAGACUUUUAACCAGACUCUAUCAAAAUCCCAACGAGCCAGAUGACGGCUUACUAGAUGAAUGCAGCAUACUGUCCACACAAGUGCUAAUACCAAACCGUCAGUUGAAUACUCCAACAACAUUGCUUAAUAGCCAUGCAACAACCAAACUAUUUCCGUUCAUAUUUCAAACUUCGGUUGAACCCUUGGCAUUACAAGAUCUACACUACGAUGAAGUGGUCUUUGCUAAUAGCACCCGAGAUGAUGUUAGCAACCUACAUUUGGGCUCCAAGGUAAAGUCGGUGCGAAAAUGUAUACGUUGUGGUUUUAUAAAUAACAUUAUGAGGAAUACAAAGACAUCGGCUCUAAAAGCCUGGUGCCAGAGAUGGCAGUACUGCCAUUGUGGUGGUUUUUGGUUAACAACAUAGAUUUUAAGUUUGAUUUUAGUUUUAUAAAUAUGUGUUUGUAUUUUUAGCAUCAUUAAACAUUAUUAAUUGGCUAAAUAAAUAAGGUUUGUAUUUGAAUAACAA